GUACACUUAGAGAUCAGGGAGCAGGUGAUAAUACUCAUCAAGAAUUUCUAGAUAAUUUAAUAUCUCAAUUGACCGAGGAAGCAAAUGCAAGACAUGAAGUGGAUUCUGAUGAUCCAAUUUGGAGACAAAAACAAAAAGAUCUUAAGAAUCAACAAAUUAGACAAGAAGAUGAUGAGGAGGAUGUUGAUCCUAUUGAUUUUAUGUACCUAUAA